UGUAUAUAAAGGAUAGUUACCGGAGGCCAUCAUCCUUCCCUUCUUCAGCCUUCACCAAUACAGCAUCUCUAUCAUCAGCUACAACCUCAAAGUCAUGAUCUACUACCCUCUUCUGUUCCUCCUCGGAACCUUGGUCGCGGAUGCGGCGACGGUGAAUGGGACCGCUGAGUCCUGUCCAAGCCCCUUCGCGUCGGUGGGCGGCCGCUGCGUCCACUUGGACUUCUCCGUCUCCGGCUCGUGGUAUGACAUGCGGCAGUUCUGCCUACAGUUGGGCAGCGACUUGGCCGUCCUGUCUGAUGGGCAGUUCUUUGUUGACAGCCAGCAGUACAUAAGGACGAUAGGCACGCCAUCUGAGAAUGUCCAUUUUUGGAUCGGUGCCACCGACGAGGAGAUGGAGGGGAUGUGGCUGUGGAUAGACGGCAUGCCCGUCAUCAUGGGGACGCCCUACUGGGCCAACUAUGGCUGUGACAACAAUCAAAUGCCUACCGGGGGUACAGCUCAGAACUGUGCCUUGCUUGAUGCAGGCUUCCACUAUUUCAUGAACGAUAUUCAAUGUGAUUAUGUCCGUCAUCCUUUCUGUGUGCUCUAGCUAGUGUUUCAAGCCUUCCUCGUGUGUAGAUGAGUAUCAUUUCGAGACGCCAUUUCAUGCAAGCCUAGUGGCUAGCCAAAUCGAUUACAUGUAAUCGAUUUCACCGAUAACAUGGUAAUUUUUCUCAGUAAUUGAUUAAAAUUAUCAUGAAGCGAUUACCAAACGAUUACUUGAUAAUUAUUAAAAGUCACGACUUUUGGAGUUCCAUUUUGUUUUUGUUAAUUAAAUUUUCUGCUAUUUA